AAAAAUCUGGUCCCCGUCGCAACGGCGCCAAAACUUGAUACACUAAAAAUGAAUCCUUGCUACUGCCAAGUUAACAGUUGCAAUUGUAGUACUUGAGAUUCAAAUCCAGAGGACCAGUCUACACUCUAGUUCUAUAAGUUUCAGAAUCAAGCUAAGAAGAAGAUAUGAUUUGGUUGAAAUAGGCGAUAGUAAACAAGCAAAAUAAACACGAGAUUGAUUCAAUUAAACAAGAGCUAGCCUAGGGUAUUUCAUUGGGUGUUGAAUUGGAGCCAAACAAUUAUUCAAGCGCGAUGAAGUGCUUUCUAGAACUCGGAUCACUAAGCUGGAACACUCCACUGUCGUGGCAGUGAUCGCUUUGCAGAUCGAUCUCACCACCUAACUGUCGUUGGGAUGAGGAUCGAUUGCAAGCUUUAGAGAACAGGUCCGAUCAGUUCACUUACCACCCUAAUAUCUACUUUCGCUGAUUAGGGAUACUAAGCUCAUUCAAUACAUGUCAAGUUAUCAUCCUAAGCGGUUAACUAGGUGAUGAACUAGUGAUCUAACAUCAAGUGAUCAGUUUAAUGAAAGCAGUAAGAACAGUAUGAAUGAAGAACAGUUAUGGAUCGCUUAUCUAUGUUUAGCUCAUGUCUCAACACCCUAAAAACCCUAGGCGAGCAAGGUCACUACUCGAUCAUGAUGCACAUAGACAAAGACAUAAAUCCUGAAUAAAAUUGCAUAAGAACAGAGUAUGAAACAAUAGGGUUCAGAUGAUCUUCUCUAUGAGAGGAUUGGUUCUUCUCCCUUACAAGUUGCAGAUCGCAAAUACUCAGUGUUCUCUUGUAAAAACUAGCGUAAAAAAAAUAGAAAAUAGAUAGGUGGCGUUUUAUAUGGAGGCGCCAAUCAGAAGGAAAGAGAUUAGGGCAACAGGGCUUCAAUUCCCGAAAUAGGAGUUUCCAUAUUUGUCUGGAACAAUCACCGGAUCACUCCGUCUGCUUGUUCCGCUUGAGAGAGAUCAGUCUCGGGACUGUUCUCUUGAGUGUUCUCCGCAGGAAUGCUCCAAAAGGACUUCUUUUCAUCAGGCACCUUCUCUUCUUUCUUCUGCUAACUCCAGACCUGUAAAAGGUCAAAAAGGACUAGACUGACACGAAUUAGUGACUUGAAACAAAUGAAAACGUAUGUACAAUGAUGUGAAAAACACCAUAUAUCACCGAGCCCUAAUCCAGAAAACCGCCAGUGAGGACAAUUUCCUCGUACGUCAGAUGCUCUCUGGUAUCAAGGCGGAAACGUUAAUCAACAAGAAGUUGCCUAAGGUUAUGUGUCAUAGAAAGAUAGUGAGAAGAAGCAAGAAGAUCUUGAUGAGAAGGAAAUCCAAAUCAGUGAGCGAAGAGAUCGCAGCAAAAGCUAGGAAGCUUGUCAAGAGAAAGACUCAAGGCUUAAGAAACGUUGUCCCCGGUGGAGAGUUUAUGAACAAUGACGUCUUGCUGAUACAAGAAACCUUAGAUUAUAUUGUCUCGCUUCAGACACAAGUGAAUGUUAUGAGGAGUAUUGUUGAUGCUGCUGAGGCCGGAAUUGAACGGUAAAUGUUUUUUUUUGUGGAGAUAAUUUGUGAAAGCACGAUACUGAUCGGAUGGGAUCAUUGUUGGUCGAUAGGACCGCAUGUUAUUUGGAGAUAUUGAAAUUCACGAUCGACCAUGGAUAGAAUUUUAUAGUAAGUCGUAUUGUACAAAACAGAAUUUACACACGCUUAUAUGAAUUUUUCUAUUUACUGGAUGGUGAAUAUAAUUGAAACAUUUUGUUAGCAUGCU